CUCAAAUAUUUUAAAAAUAUAUUGUUCUUUUAAUAAAUAAUCAUCCUUGCUGUAUAUACAACAUUCUAUUCCAGUGCCAAUUCCUAGAUCGGUGCAAACAGCUCGAGGGUGAGUCUGUGCUAUUGCUCCUGCGAAAAAACUUAAUUUUCCUAAUCACUUGAGUAAAAUGAAGUUUAUUUAUAUGAUUUUGGGAAGAUAAGAAUGCGCAGAACAAUGCCGUGAUAAAAACAUUUGCAAAUGAAACCCGGAGAAAUUGUAUUUUUAAGGAAAACCCGAAAGUUGUCUGAAUCUGACCGAAGUUUGAAAGAGAGUUGGGGGAAUCAGGGAAGUUUCAGAAUGCCAGUUUUGAUGCUAGGUGUAGAAAGUAAGGCAACUAUGAAGCCUAAACCCUCUCGGAUCAGUUUCCCACAAGUUCCCAGUUAUUUCGUUCCUAGAUUUUUAAUAUUUUUAUUCUUUUUUAAGUGGCAACAAACACAGUCACAAGGCAGAGCCGAGGAGUCCUUUUCCAGCCGCGCAGUGCUUGGAGCAGGGAACCAAUCAUCACUCAGCGUCUCUCUAUAUAAACCCAGAGCCUUCCGCGCAGGGGACAAGCCAUUCUCACAGUUUGAGCUUACUUUUGGCUCUUCUUACGAGGCAGAAAGAUGUCGGAGACUGCUCCUGUUGCUCCUGCAGCCCCCGCACCUGCGGAGAAGACACCUGCGAAGAAGAAGGCGAAGAAAGCUGGCGCUGCCGCUGGAAAGCGCAAGGCUACCGGACCUCCGGUGUCCGAGCUCAUAACCAAGGCUGUGGCCGCCUCCAAAGAGCGCAACGGGGUGUCUCUGGCCGCGCUCAAGAAGGCGCUCGCGGCAGCGGGCUACGACGUGGAGAAGAACAACAGCCGCAUCAAGCUGGGUCUGAAGAGCCUGGUGAGCAAAGGCACCCUGGUGCAGACCAAGGGCACCGGCGCCUCCGGCUCCUUCAAGCUCAACAAAAAGGCGGCUUCCGGGGAGGCCAAGCCCAAGGCCAAGAAGGCGGGUGCGGCUAAGCCUAAGAAGCCUGCCGGCGCAGCCAAGAAGCCGAAGAAGGCGACUGGCUCCGCCACUCCGAAAAAGAGCGCCAAGAAGACCCCUAAGAAGGCGAAGAAGCCAGCAGCGGCUGCUGGGGCCAAGAAAGUUGCCAAGAGCCCGAAAAAGGUGAAGGCAGCCAAGCCAAAGAAGCCUGCCAAGAGUCCUGCAAAGGCGAAAGCCCCUAAGCCUAAGGCUGCGAAGCCGAAAGCUGCCAAACCCAAGGCUACGAAGGCCAAGAAGACCGCCCCGAAGAAGAAAUAAGAUUGUGGUAGGACGUCCUGCUGUGAAAAUCUCAACGGCUCUUUUCAGAGCCACCCACACAUUCAACUCAAAAGAGCUGAGCUUUGGGUGACAAUUUAAAGCCGAGUUAU